AUGAGCUCUUCCGUCCCGCAGAUUCACCUCAACAAGGUUGAGACACAAAUUGUCAAUCUUCUAAACGAAUACACGCGGUAUUUCAAUGAGCACAAGACGUCCGCCACGCAGCAGCCUCUGGAACUUCGAAUCACCGGGGGGUGGGUCAGAGACAAGCUUCUGGGCCGCGAGUCGCACGAUAUCGAUAUUGGCAUUGACCAUUUGUCGGGCGUCGAGUUUGUGACACAAUUACAGGAAUAUAUCAAGGCGCAAAACGGCGGCCAAUCGGUCGACAGCGGCAUUUACAAGAUAGAAAAGAAUCCAGAGAAGUCCAAGCAUCUGGAGACGUGCACGACAAAGCUGUUUGGGUUCUCGAUAGAUUUCGUCAAUUUGCGGUCUGAAAAGUAUGCUGAGGACUCCAGGAUCCCGGAAAUCGAGGUCGGAACGGCCGAGGAGGACGCCUUUCGUCGCGACGCGACGCUGAACUCCCUGUUCUACAACCUGACCACGGGCAAGGUCGAAGACUUCACGGGCCGCGGGCUGCAAGAUCUGCACGACGGGAUUCUGCGCACCCCGCUGGACCCGCGCAAGACGUUUUUGGAUGAUCCGCUCAGGUGCUUGAGACUAAUCAGGUUUGCGUCGACGUACAACUUCCGCAUCGACGAGCUAGCGCUGGCUGCCAUGCGCGAGGACGAGAUCAAACAAAAAUUGAGGGAGAAAAUUAGUAGAGAACGUAUCAACGUGGAGUUCAAGAAGAUCAUCAUGGGCAAGAACCCGGUUUACGGUCUGCGGUUGAUCGACGACGUGGGCUUCUAUCAGCUGUUUGAGUGCGAACAGCCUGGCUACGAGGCCGGAAACGAGGCAAUGAAGGCGGCCUUGAAGGAACUGGUGCAACGGUAUGGCUCUGUUGAGCAGGAACUGAAUAAUAACGAGACAUUAAGCCGAUUACUGGAUGCAGUUUAUUCGUCCGAUAUCAGCAAACAGUCAUUAUUUUUGAACCUGAUCCUUUAUCCGUGGAGGGACGAGAAAAUAGUGAUAGGCAAGCCCAGCGUUCCAGUGCCGAGCCGGGUGGUCCAGGACGCUCUGAGGAUGCAGCUUAAGAUUAAACACCUGGUUGGGCUGUGCUGCUCCACGCUCGAACAAUACGACUCUACAUAUGUCCAAUGGAACAACAUCGCACGGUCGGAGCUUGCAACGAAGCUGCUUAUUCCCUACAGAGAAGAAUGGCGGCUCAUGCUGCUCACCAACAUAAUUGUCUCAAUUUUCAGAAAUCCUCAGAAUAUACACGAACUCAUCGACAACGGCGCCAAGUUCGUCAACUACGUCGAGUCGCAGAAUCUCCAAGACGCUCACAACACCAAACUCCUGCUCAACGGCAAGGAAGUGGCAACUGCUCUGAAUAGAAACCCUGGCCCAUGGCUCCCGGAGGUGAACGCCAAACUACUUACCUGGCAGCUUGACCACCCGUCUGGCUCGAAACAGGACAUGGAAGCUUACCUACAUAGCAUAUCGGGAUGA